CUCUUUCUACUUUUCUACUAGUAGUACUAGUUUCUAAUCAUAAAUUAAUUUGUAGAAAAAAUGAUAUGUAGUUUUCUUCGAAGAUCCAUUCAGUGAAGAGUAUAAAUUGAAGUAAAAAUUUUGAAAAUUGUUGUUUAACAGUAAUGAAUUGAGUGCUGUAAAAGUUGCAGUCAUUAGUCAAACAUAAAAUUGCGUUGGUCACUUUCUUCUUGAUGUGGUAUGACUUGUCCCAUCAAACCCUGGGAAAAAGCUAGAAAUAUGUCUUCGAUAAGUAAUCCCGUUUGCGAAUCUUCUCUAAACAAAUGCGAAUUAGGAAACGGCGAAUCUGCUCAUUUUUCAUCAGAAAAAAUAUGUAAUACAACGCCGCUCAUUGGUUCGAUACCAGUCACCGUAGAACCUUCGAUAGGACGAGUGUCGAGUCUUCAAAGACCAGAGAUUCCUCCGAGAAAUUACAACGGGCUGAAUCCAACUGCUCCUCAGAAUGUUGGUUACAAUCCUUAUAAUAGAUUACAAUAUAAUAAUUAUCAAAGAAUGCCUUACGGAGGAGGAGGGUAUUCGAUGUAUGGCUACGGAUCGAGCCCAUAUUACUCAGGAGGUUAUGGAGGAUAUGGAAUGAAUAGUUAUAAUAAUGUUCUCAGUAACCCCGAAAGCAGAUUCAUCAGAGCUGCGGAAGAAAGCGCUAGACCAACGUUUCAUGCGAUCGAGUCGCUCACUCGAGCAAUUAAUUCGAUCGCUUUCAUGAUGGAAUCGACCUUUGGAUCACUGAAUAUGUCAUUUCAAGCGGUGUUAUCUGUGAUAGAGAAUUUUUCUCAGGCUAGAUCAUUUCUCAGACAAUUUUUCGCCUCUAUUUUGACGCUUCGAAUUUUUCACAAAUUCUUCUCCAUUUUAGUCGGUCUCAUGAGACGUAUGGGUUUAAUAUCCGAACAAACGAUGGCUAAUAUGUUAUGGCGUAAUGUCGAAUCGCAACAGAUCGUUUCUAGCUCUUCGGGUGUUUCGAUGUGGCCUGUUUUCACAUUCUUAGGACUGAUGUUCGGUGCCCCGUAUUUUAUUUCGAAAAUGUUUCCCGUCGAAGAUAAAUCUAAAUCAGAAAUCGAAUGGAACCCCGCAGUGGACCGUUACGUACCAUUAGUAGCUGUGCACGAUUUUCAAGCCGGUAACGACCAAGAAAUCGGUUUCCAGAAAGGACAACUUUUGAAAAUGAUGCCAGCGGAAUUACAAAAGUCUCCUUCGCCGUAUUGGGUGUUCGUAGCGAAUGAAAAUAAUCAAACCGGUUAUAUUCCCAGAAAUCACGUCGCUCCUGCUUAAUUUCUCGACCAAGAUGUCUAUUUUUCAACGGUGUGCAGUUAUGUUACUUCAUUUUAUAAAUAAUACAUAUUUUGUGUUAGUGAUUCAAAAUGUGCGUUUUGAUUCAGUCAGUCUCUCUUUUGAAUAAUCGAUUCCAUUAGUUCUAUCAUUAUUUUCGUUGUCUGUAAUGCUCGUGGUUAGUGUUUGUUGAUUUUUUGAAAUUGUAUAUUUCGCGAAAUAUAAAUGAUGAAUGAUGUAAAACAAAAAACAGAACUUGACUUGGCAGCGAUGUUAGUUGACAUUUUCGUGUUUAGAUUUGUUUAAUUUUUUUAUUCUCAGUAUUUAAGUGUAGGUCAUGUUUUUAUGUAAUGGUAUACAUAUGUUAUUUAUGGUACAGUGGUUAUUAUUUGGAUUGUUGAUAAAUAUAUUCUUGUUUUUAUAA